AAUUGCGUUUGCAGAACGGCAAGCCUAGAGAGAGAAAAGCUAUGGCGAACUCAACCUUCGUCAAAAUCGCAACUAUUUUCUUCAUAUUUCUAUCUCUGUUCUUCGUCGGAAAACUUUUUGAUGAUUCGUAUAAUCUCACUGAUUUCUCUCCUUCAACUCAUGCUAAAUCAAGUUCAUCUUUCCAAUCUCCGGAUUCCAUGAAUCCAGUUUCUUAUGCCCUCUCAUUACCUCCUUCUCCGUCUUUAUCAGUCAUAGUACCGCCACCGCCACCGCCUCCGCCGCCGCCUCCAACAGUACGACCGCCGCCGCCGCCGUUGAUUGCGGAGAGGACGGGAAUAGUUGACGAGAACGGAAUAAUGACAUCGGAUUUUGAGGUAGGGGAGUUCGAUCCGGGAUUAAUUGAGAGUAUAGCGAAUGAGACAGAAAAACAAGGAAGACAGAGCGAUGAAGAGAGACAAUCGAAGGUUAGGUUAAAGAAAUAUGGUGUUUGUGCUGAAAGUAUGGUUGAUUACAUUCCUUGUUUGGACAAUGUUGAGGUGAUCUCUAGUUUGAAUAAUACGGGAAAUGGAGAGAUUUAUGAAAGACAUUGUCCUGGAGAAGGUAAGGGAUUGAAUUGUGUUGUUCCUAGGCCGAAAGGAUAUAAGUUGAAGAUACCAUGGCCUCAAAGCAGGGAUGAGGUAUGGUAUAAUAAUGUUCCUCAUUCACGCUUGGUUGAUGAUAAAGGAGGACAAAAUUGGAUAUCAAGAAAGAAGGAUAAAUUCACAUUUCCUGGAGGUGGUACUCAGUUUAUUCAUGGAGCAAGUCAAUACUUAGAUACGAUCUCUAAGAUGGUUCCCGAAAUUGAAUUUGGUAAACGAACCAGAGUGGCUUUGGAUAUUGGUUGUGGUAUAGCAAGUUUUGGUGCAUUCUUGCUAAGUCGAAAUGUUACCACUUUGUCAGUUGCACCAAAAGAUGCUCAUGAGAACCAGAUUCAGUUUGCUCUCGAGCGUGGAGUUCCCGCAAUGUUGGCUGUACUCUCCACACAGCGUUUACCAUAUCCCAGCCAAGCUUUUGACUUCAUUCAUUGUUCGAGAUGCAGAGUUAACUGGACUCGUGAUGAAGAUGGGAUAUUGCUGCUUGAGGUCAACAGAGUGUUAAGAGCUGGAGGGUACUUCAUUUGGGCUGCACAACCUGUGUACAAGCAUGAAGAGAAUCUAAUGGAACAAUGGAAAGAGAUGAUGAAUCUCACUAGUAAAAUGUGUUGGGAACUCGUAAAGAAGGAAGGGUAUAUUGCUGUUUGGCAAAAGCCUCGUAACAAUAGCUGUUAUAUUAGUCGCGAUAUCGCUGUAAAACCGGUAUUGUGUGAUGACGACGACAGUCCCGACAAUGAUUGGUAUGUUCCUUUGAAGGCAUGCAUCACUAAACUACCUGAAAACGGUUAUGGAGGAAAUGUGAGCUUAUGGCCUGCUCGGCUUCACAACCCACCCGAUAGGCUUUUCAGCAUUGAAAUGGAUGCAUACACAUCUCGUAAGGAAUUACUGAAAGCCGACACAAAAUAUUGGAACGAUAUUGCCAGCGGUUACGUUAAUGUUUUCCAUUGGAAGAAGUUGAAAACUCGGAAUGUGUUGGACAUGAGGGCUGGAUAUGGAGGUUUCGCAGCUGCAUUGCAUGAUCUCGGAGUGGAUUGUUGGGUUAUGAAUGUCGUGCCAGUUAGUUCCACAAACUCUUUGCCUGUUAUUUAUGAUCGCGGCCUCAUCGGAGUUAGGCAUGACUGGUGCGAACCAUUCGACACUUACCCGAGGACUUACGACAUAAUAAACGCAGCAGCUCUUUUCUCCGUGGAGAAUAAAAGAUGCGAUAUUGCGAAGAUCAUAUUGGAGAUGGAUCGAAUCCUUAGGCCAGGAGGGUACGUCUAUAUACGCGACAAGGUUUCCAUAAUCGAUGAUCUAAAUGGAUUAGCAAAAGCAGUUGGAUGGGUUUCAACGUUGUUCGAUACCGGCGAGGGACCUCACGGAAGUUGGAAGCUUUUGCGAUGCGAGAAACGAAUGUAACACAAAUUGCCGGCUCUUGAUCGAAUGUUUUGUAUCUCUUAGAAGUAUCUCCACUUUUUCAGUUAAUAUAUAUAGAUUCUAAUCAAAUGUAAAAUACUAUAAUUUAGCUUAUUAACAUAUACAUUUGGGAUGAAAAUUAGUCAUUAUAAUUUUAACUAACUAAA